AUGGCAGCUGUCGACGAUACCUCGCCCAUCACCACCCAGGCUCUCGUUUCCCGCGGCCCCUUCUCCCAAGGCAAAUGGGCCGUCGAGGACGUGACGCUCCGCGCGCUUAAGCCCGACGAGGUCGUCGUCGAAAUCGUCGCAUCGGGCAUCUGCCACACGGACCUGCACUGCGGCAACACGCCAGACGACAAGGGCGUGCCCGCCGUCUACUACCCACGAGUCCUGGGACACGAAGGCUCCGGCUACGUGCGUCGCGUUGGCAGCGCCGUGACAGGCGUCGCGCCGGGCGACCCGGUACUGCUAUCCUUCUCCUACUGCGGCACAUGCCAUGUCUGCCGCACCGGUCCGCCGUCGCACUGCAAGACCUUCUUCGAAAUCAACUUUAUGGGCGAGCCCGUCUUCUCUGAUAAUGCUGGUGGCAAGGAAGGCGGGGAAGGACAACAGCAGGGAAACCCGACUAUCGGCGGCCGCUUCUUCGGGCAGUCUAGCUUCGCCAAACACACGGUCGUCAGCGACAAGUGCGUUGUGAAUGUAGCCGGUCUGGGCCUCGAGCGUGACGACCUGAAGCUCCUGGCGCCGCUGGGAUGCGGCUUGCAGACGGGCAGCGGGACGAUCGUGAACGUCGCAAAAUGCGGAAAGGACGAUGAGGUUGCGGUGGUGGGCAUGGGCGGCGUGGGGCUAGCGGCUGUAAUGGCCGCGAAGAACCAAGGCUGCAAGAACAUCAUCGGCAUAGACCGCGUGCAGUCGCGGCUGGACCUGGCGAAGUCGCUCGGCGCAACGCACGUCAUCAACACCAGCACCUUUACCUCCAACGCGGACCUGGUCGCCGCCGUACGCGCCGCCUCGAGCGACGGCCACGGUGCGACCGUCUCGAUCGACACCAGCGCGCACCCGCCGCUCGUCGCCGCCCAGAUCGACUUCACGCGCUACAUGGGCAAGGUCAUCCAGGUCGGCACUGGCAUGCCCGACGCCCACUUGUCCAUCCACAUGCAGAGCUUCAUGGUCAGCGGCAAGCAGUACUUCGGCGCUGUCCAGGGCCACAGCCGCCCCGCCGAGUACAUCCCGCAGAUGAUCAAGUGGUGGCGGGACGGCGUCUUUCCGGUGGAGAAGCUGGUGCAGUUCUUUGACAUUGCGGAUUUCGAGAGCGCUGUCAAUGUCAUGGGUAGCGGUAGUGUGGUGAAACCCAUCAUUGUGUGGUGA